AUGGAAUGGGCGAAAUUCAAGGCCAACAAGCUUAUCAAAGCUAAUGUCUGCUUCCGAACUAUCGACAAUUCAAUGAGCGCUGAGAUUGGCUGCAUGCCGGAAGCCCAGUUCUGGAGUCCUAUUGCUCUCUUCGACGCGGAACUCGCCGUCGCAACGGGCGAUACGCGUCAAUUCAAGCCCACGUCCCAGAGUCUCGACAACUACAACCGUGGACCGAAUGGUGCUAAAUGGCACUCUACCUUUGGCUUCCAGCGUACAUUUAUCGUCGGAUUCUCUUCUACUCUGGACGUCUGCCAGCAGGGUAACAUCAUGGUUAUCACUCCUUAA